GGCUGCCGGGGAGCCAAUCCUGACGUGCUCCUCCCUCCGCUCUCAGCGCCGCCCUCGCCGCUGAUUGGUGGCGCCCUCCGCAGCGCCCGCCUCCUGCCUGCUGAUUGGGCGGUGCGGGCCGCGCCCCCUCGCCGGGCGGGGCAGCGGCGCAGCAUGGCGGCGGGGCCGGACGCGCUGGGCCUGUUCACGGCCAUCGGCCUGAGCGAGCCCAAGGCUCGCGAGACCCUGAAGAACGAGGCGCUGAGCGCGCUGCUCCGGGAAGCCGUGACCCAGGCACAAGGAAUCCUGGGCCCAACUGUUGACAAGGCGACUGGUACCCUCUUGUACAAUGUGGCUUCCCGGCUUAAGGACCAAAAGCGUCUUCAUUUCCUUGUGGGCUGCAUCACCAGCAGGAAGAUCCUCACAGACUUGCAGCUCAGUGCUGCCCUGGAGUAUGUGCGGAGCCACCCGCUGGACCCCAUCGACAUGGCAGACUUCGAGCGCGAGUGUGGCGUGGGGGUGGUCGUGACCCCAGAGCAGAUAGAGGAGGCCGUGGAGGCGGCCAUUAACAAGCACCGAGCUGAGCUGCUGUCGGAGCGGUACCACUUUAACGUGGGGCUGCUGAUGGGCGAGGCGCGCAGCAGUCUGAGGUGGGCGGAUGGCAAGAGCAUUAAGAACGAAGUGGACCUGCAGGUGUUGCACUUGUUGGGCCCAAAGACAGAAGCUGACCUGGAAAAAAAACAGAAGGCUGGGAAGGCCAAGCCGGCCGAGGUGGAGAAGCAGCAGAAGGCGGUGGAGGAGAAUGGAGGAGUGAUCCUGGAUACAAAGUCGCUGAUGGAGCAGCUGAGGGGAGAAGCCCUCAAAUUCCACAAGCCAGGUGAGAACUACAAGACAGAAGGCUACGUGAUCACACCCCACACCAUGGCCCUGAUGAAGCAGCACCUGGAGAUCACCGGCGGGCAGGUGCGGACGCGGUUCCCUCCGGAGCCCAACGGCAUCCUGCACAUCGGCCACGCUAAAGCCAUCAACUUCAACUUCGGCUAUGCCAAGGCCAACGGGGGCGUGUGCUUCCUGCGGUACGACGACACCAACCCCGAGAAGGAGGAGGAGAAGUACUUCACCGCCAUCCGGGACAUGGUGGAGUGGCUGGGCUACAAGCCACAUGCUGUGACGCAUGCCUCAGACUACUUCGACCAGCUGUAUGUGUGGGCCAUGGAGCUCAUCCAGCGGGGCCACGCCUACGUCUGCCAUCAGAGGGUAGAAGAGAUCAAAGGCCACAACCCUCCGCCCUCCCCAUGGCGGGAUCGGCCCGUGGAAGAGUCACUCCUCCUCUUCCAGGGGAUGAAGAAGGGGAAGUUUGAGGAGGGUGAGGCCACGCUGCGAAUGAAGCUGGUGAUGGAAGACGGGAAGCUGGACCCUAUCGCCUACCGCAUCAAAUACAUGCCACACCACCGAACUGGGGACAGAUGGUGCAUCUACCCCACGUACGACUACACCCACUGCCUGUGCGACUCCAUUGAGCACAUCACCCACUCGCUCUGCACCAAAGAGUUCCAGGCCCGGCGCUCCUCCUACUUCUGGCUGUGCAAUGCGCUGGGCGUGUACUGCCCCGUGCAGUGGGAAUACGGGCGCCUGAACCUGCUCUACACCGUGGUCUCCAAGAGGAAGAUCAUCCGGCUGGUGGAGGCGGGCGCUGUCAGGGACUGGGACGACCCGCGGCUCUUCACGCUGACGGCCCUGCGCCGCCGAGGUUUCCCCCCCGAGGCCAUCAACAACUUCUGUGCGCGGGUGGGGGUGACGGUGGCACAGACGACGAUGGAGCCCCACCUGCUGGAGGCGUGCGUGCGGGAAGCGCUGAACGAGUGUGCCCCCCGGGCCAUGGCUGUACUGGAGCCCCUCCGAGUCACCAUCACCAACUUCCCCACCGAGAAGGCCCUGGAAGUUCUUGUGCCCAACUUCCCAGCUGACGAGACCAAGGGCUUCCACAAAGUCCCUUUCCAGGCCACCAUCUACAUUGAGCACAGCGACUUCAGGGAGGUGAUGGACAAAGGCUACAAGCGGCUGGCACCCGGCCAGCCAGUGGGGCUGAGACACGCCGGCUACGUCAUUGCUGUCCAGAACGUCAUCAAGGAUGCUGGCGGGCAGGUGAUGGAGCUGGAGGUGACGUGCACCAAGUCAGACUCUGUGGAGAAGCCCAAAGCCUUCAUCCACUGGGUGUCAGAGCCACUGGUCUGCGAGGUGCGGCUCUACGAGCAGCUGUUCUUGCACAAAAACCCCGAGGACCCUGCAGAGGUGCCAGCUGGAUUCCUGAGUGACCUCAACCCCGACUCGCUGCAUGUGAUGGACAGCGCCCUGGCUGACAGAUCCGUCUGCUCCGCCAAGCCCUUUGACAAGUUUCAGUUUGAGCGGCUGGGCUACUUCUCGGUGGAUCCUGACAGCACGGAGGGGAAGAUGGUGUUAAACAGGACAGUGACGCUGAAGGAGGACCCUGGCAAGGUGUGAAGGAGCCACUGCUGCCACCUUGCUGUCUCUGGCUGUGCCCAGGCCUGUCCUAGGAGCACCUGGUCCCUCUGGGCAUGGGGAGAACGCGACCCAUGAACAAAGGGCCUGGCACAUGCAUGAGGCACAGCUGCCUUAACACAAGCCCUGUGGGGCUGGCGCAUGUCGCUGCAAUAAAUGAGCACUGGAGCCGC